CGAGACUCUGUCUCAAAAAAAAAAAAAAAGAUAAAGCAAGAGAUGGCUGUUAAGUCAUCCCCAGGUCAGCAGGGUUACAGCUGGGUCUCAGGUGAUGUCAGAUCUUGGUCAGAGCUAGGACUCAAAAGAUUCAGGUAUCUCUGCUAAGGUAUCAUGGAACCAGGAAAAGCCAUGAGACCACACUGGGGCUGCAACAUGUUGGUGAGAGGGGCAGGGCUGGGGCUCAUAGUGGAAAGUUGGACCUCAGGGUUAGGGUAAGGAGAGAGGAGCAGGGGAAGACUCUCAGUGCUGUGCUCUGGAUACAGAGGGGACUAGAGGGCAGAGUGGGGCAGCAGGAAGCCCUCAUCGGGGGUUUUGCAGAGGCCAGGCAGGAGGUAAAAGAUUAAAGUCAGUGGUGAGGAUGGUGAGAGAAACACUCACAGACAGACUGGAAAGGACUUGAGGGCAAGCUGGGUGCGGGGUAUCAGGAUCAAUCCUACUUUUUUCUGCACGGUGAGGCUAAGGAAGCAGAUUUGGGAAAGAAAACGAGGUUAGUUUGGAUAAACUGGGUCUGAACCGGUCUCGGGAUUUGCCAGGGGCUGGGGCUCAGGAGGAGGUCCUGGUUGGGGAGAGCAGUCAAGUAGAUUGCAGUCCUAGGGUAGCGCGUAGGGGAGGAGAACCACAGCUGACGUGUAGGGACAGAAGGAGGAGCCUGAGGAGACAGGACAGAAGCGGCCGGAGGGGCAAGAGGACAGCAGUUCUGUGCGGAGGCCUCCAGGUCCUGUGCUGCGGUGCCGACUGGCCACCGGGGUCAAGCCCUGACCAUGGGCAACUCGCAGGAGCGGCCGUCAGAGACAAUCGACCGCGAGCGGAAGCGCCUGGUGGAGACGCUGCAGGCGGACUCGGGGCUGCUGCUGGACGCGCUGCUGGCGCGGGGCGUGCUCACAGGGCCUGAGUACGAGGCGUUGGAUGCACUGCCUGAUGCGGAGCGCAGGGUGCGCCGCCUGCUGCUGCUGGUGCAGGGCAAGGGCGAGGCCGCUUGCCAGGAGCUGCUGCGCUGCGCUCAGCAUACGGUGCGCGCGCCGGACCCCGCCUGGGACUGGCAGCACGUGGGCCCGGGCUACCGGGACCGUAGCUAUGACCCUCCGUGCCCGGGCCAUUGGACGCCCGAGGCACCUGGCUCGAGGACCGCAUGCCCCUGGCUGCCCAGAGCUUCAGACACCGACGAGGCCGGGGGCCCUGAGGGCUCUGAGGCGGUGCAAUCCGGGACCCCAGAGGAGCCAGAGCCAGAACCGGAAGCUGAGGCCUCUGAAGGGGCUGAGCCGGAGCCAGAGCCCCAGAUGGAUCCGGAACCAGAGCCGGAGGCAGAACCAGAACCGGAACCGGAGCCGGAGCCUGAGCCUGAGCCCGAGCCCGAGCCUGACUUCGAGGAGGGGGACGAGUCCGAAGAUUCCUGAAGACCAGAACGCUGACCGGCUGUUCCCUGCCCAAGCUGGAUAGGACAUGGUAUCCUGCUGGAGCUGGAUGGGAUGCCACCGAGGCUUCGUCCAGCCCAGUACCGCUGGAAGUGAAUAAAGUCCGGAGGGUCGGCCUGGGCCUGGGCUCUCUCCACGAUUCUGGCUGUUUGCUCAGGAACUUAGGGUGCGCGCCUGCCUCUGAGUCCCCGUGACCUGAGCAGCCCUGUGCCCCCUACACCCACCGCCCAGUCCUCAGCCCUAUUUCCCCCAGUAACCCCAGCUGCACCCUGGAGACCCCAGAACAAAGCCCCUAAUAGGACAAGAGCCUGACACCUGCUACACUGCCCUUUCCCCUAAUGAGCCAUCUGGGGGCCUGUGUAGGCACCUGCCCAACUCCACGGAAGCCCCUGGGCUUGAUGCACUGAGCAAGGGAAGGCGGGCUUUUCUCCACUUAGGGAGGACUUAGAGCUCACAGCCUUGAGAAGUGAGAUUAGAAAAGAGGAAUGGGAAGGGACCUUGGGUAAACAGAGGCCACACACAUCAUUGUCAUUACUGUUUUAAUUGUCUGGCUUCCCUCCAGACCCUCCAGUGAAGGUCCUGACUAGUUAGUAACUAGCACACAGAAGGCGCUCUAUACAUACUCGCUGGCUAAAUGAAUAAAAACUUUCCAACCCAA